UGAUGACGCUUCAGAGCGCCCGGUUGUCUUGACAGUCUGGUGCAGCGACAUCCGAGGAGGAAAAUAGCCAUGAGUGCAAAAGCGAUACACCGACCACCCCGUCCCCUCACUCCCUCACCCUAUCGGAAGUGUUAAAAUAGAUGCCUUUGAGCCCUGAGCGACUUCGUCACACCUACAUGAGGUCACAAGCAGUCACUAGUGCCGAGGGACAGGUCGAAGGUGAGGCGAGUUCUGAGUGAAGGAAGCAGGGCCGGGCUGAGGCCAAGAAGAGGUUGGGCUGUGUCCUGCAUCCUGACAGAGGAUUUUCUCACAGCCUUCAUCUCAUCCGAAAUGACUGCAACCCACUGUUACUGCUGUUCGGAAUUUCUCCAGAGACAGUUCCUCACCUCUUUCCUUACAAACCCACACUGUGGCAGCCUCAUUAAUGCAGAUGGCCAUGCUGAAGUGUGGACAGAUUGGAAUGAUAUGUCCAAGUUUUUCCAGUAUGGAUGGAGGUGCACCACUAAUGAAGAUGCCUAUUCGAACCGUACCCUCAUGGCCAACUGGAACCAGGAAAGAUAUGACCUAAAGAAUAUCGUGCAACCCAAACCCUUGCAUUCCCAGUUUGGACACUAUUUUGAAACAACAUAUGAUACAAGCUACAACAACAAAAUACCACUUUCAACCCAUAGGUUUAAGCGAGAGCCUCACUGGUUCCCAGGACAUCAACCUGAGCUGGUUCCUCCUGCAUACAAAUGCACAGAAAAGUCAACUUACACGAGCAGCUAUUCAGAGCCUCAAAUUGAGCAUCACUCUGUGUGUGUGUGGAAUCCUAAUAACUGCCAAUUUCAGAGUCCAUGAUUCUAAGAAAGAAUAAGAAGUUUCAUUUUUCCAGUGUAGAAUGUAGGAAGGAGCACAUUCUAAGAACAACUAAGAAUUUAGCUGACUGUAGCACAAUUUUACUCUCUGAAUAAAUAAAGCACAAAA